AUGGCCUUCACCCUGUACUCGCUGCUGCAGGCGGCCCUGCUGUGCGUCAAUGCCAUCGCGGUGCUGCACGAGGAGCGAUUCCUCAAGAACAUCGGCUGGGGAACAGACCAGGGAAUUGGUGGAUUCGGAGAGGAGCCAGGAAUUAAAUCUCAGCUAAUGAACCUUAUUCGAUCUGUAAGAACCGUAAUGAGAGUGCCAUUGAUAAUAGUAAACUCAAUUGUAAUUGUAUUGCUUUUACUAUUUGGGUGA